UCGCGGAAAAUUGCAAAUUGUUUUUGCCACAUGAAAGAAUUUGGCAAAAAUCGUAAUAUCCUAAAUGUUCAUGGGUUUCGUUGCAUUGAUUAAAAUAUGUUUUGUUUUUACUGAAACAAAUAAUGAGAUAAUAAUUAGUAUAAAGCGGUAAAACUGCGGUUUUGUGACACUUGCAGCCGGACGAUUGAUAAUUUCACAUUUGGAGCUUGAUCUGCUACAGUGCUACCUGUAGCAUGUGUAUGGCUAACGCCUGCCGCCUGGGCCAUUAUCGUUCCACUUGUUGAUUUGCUUGGCAAAUUGGUUAUUAUCAUUUAUCAUCAAAGUCCAUUAAUUUAUAUUUUCUCCUGUAAAAAUGCCACGUCCACCAGGGGCCGGUGGUCCGCGUUCUAUGGGAAUAGGGAGAAGAAUUCGCCGCGAAGACACCAGCAGCACCGAAACGGGUUCUGCAGAGCGCUCGCAGAGCCAUGUCAGCAGUAUUGUGGAGCGUAUGGUUACGCCCGAGAAUUUAGGUGAGAAACCACCACCGAGACCGAUGACACCCAUGCCCGGGGACAGCGAUGAGGAGGAAAAUAAUGAUAACCAGGACGACAGCGAUGAUCGGACCCCCGUGCCCAGUCGCGCCAACGCCUCGCCUUCGAGAAGUCCCAGUCAGUUGGACACGGUACGCCGUGCAAGACUGGCGCGCAAGACCGUCCAGCCUGUCAAGCGCCUAAGCGACGCCUCGCCACGCUCUGUACAGCCAUCGCGACGAUCCCGCAUCACGGGGCGAGGUGUUUCCGCGCUUAUGCCGCUGCCAAAUGGCUCACCACCUCCGUCAUCCUCUCCAUCCGGAGACGGGGGAAAUGGAUCGCAACCACCCGACAGCCCUCCAUCUGAGCGCACUCCCACUCCGGUGCCCCCUCCUGCAUCGAAAUCCAAGGCCCGUAAACCAUCCACAGCUAAGCCCGUACGCGGUCGACCAACCGCGCAGAAAAUUGCUCUGGGACGCCCGAAAGGCGGACGUGGCCCCAAACCACGACGAUCGCGCGUGCUGCAGGAAAUUAAGAAAAUGCAGCGGGGUACGGAGCUGUUGUUAAGGAAGUUGCCCUUCGGUCGUCUGACCAAGGAGGUCUCGCAGAAAUUUGGAGCAUCGCCGUACGACCGUCGCUGGUCUGCUCACGCCCUGCUGGCCAUGCAGGAGGCUGCCGAAUCGUACAUGGUGACAUAUUUUGAGGAUGCAAACCUCUGUGCGAUGCAUGCGAAUCGAGUGACUAUUAUGCCGAAGGACAUGCAACUGGUGCGCCGGUUGCGCAAAAACUGAAAGGUGAAAGCAGUACCACAGAAACCAGCGCAUUUUUUUUGAGUAAACUAUGAUUGAAAAUAGUACAUGAAGUGUCAUGAAUUGCCCCUAUGAAUUGUUUCAUUCCUGUCAGGAAGACUGCGUUCCUAUCAGCUCAGCUGCGCUGAAAAGCCGGGCUUGGACAUUUGCCAAUGCUUGGAGUAUGAUAAGCUUUUUGUCGUUUUUGUUCUUUUAAAUUUCUACCUGUGCCAAUAUUUUGGUUGACGUUUUAGAAUGGUGCUCACUUGGUGUUAGUUCCAGUUUCUUACCGAUAUUUUUUAGUGUAUAAUAAUGCGUUGGAUGAUGUAUCAGAUUGUUGUGAGGAUUGUUUUCAUGAGCAUUUGCUGUUAGCAGCAGAUUAUGUUUGUCAAACCGGCUUUGUUAUUUAUAAAAAUUAUUU